GUAGUAUGAAAUGAAUUUAGUACACUGGUGCCGAACCUUGACAUCACGGAACUUGGAAAAGAUUAUAUAGUAACUUCCAUAAGCGCGCUGAUUCCCUGCAACCCGUGGGUGGUCGCCAGCGUUCCCAUCUCUCCUUCCGAUACAGUUCCUUCCUUCCCCCCAUCUCAGCAUGUCCAGCGUCAUCCAUGUCGAUUCCACCCUCGGCGCAGCAUUAAUUGGGUUCGGCGUUUCCUGUGCAUUAGUCGGGGCGCUAUGUAUACAGGCUUUCUCGUACUUUCGACGGUAUCCGUUUGAUGCACCCGCUUAUAAACUUCUGGUGGCGGCUAUCUGGUCAUUAGAAAUUGUCGACCAGGCGUUUAUUGGGCAUUGCGUGUAUUAUUAUACGAUAUCAAAUUAUAUGUCACCGCAAGUUUUGUUGUUCGGAGACGUGAUUUGGACGCUCAUUAUUCAGUUAGUUUUGGGUGUCGUAGUGGGUACUAUUGUUAAAACAUGCUUUGCCAUGCGUGUAUGGCGAUUCAGCGGACAUAAUCUUCCCAUUACAUGCUUAAUUCUCUUCUUGACAUAUGGACAACUCGGGCUCGCCAUAGCAUAUGCUGUUCGAGCUUUUCAGCUGAACAAAUUGAUGUACAUAUCGAACUUGAAGACUCUAGCCUCGCUUUCCCUCGGCGCCGGCGCCUUAACUGAUAUAAUCAUUGCACUUUCCUUAUCCUUGUUCUUGCGGAGACUAAGAACAGGUUACAAGAAUUCAGACUCUGUUGUCAACAGACUCACCAUCUACGCCAUCAACACGGGCGUUCUGACGAGCACCAUCAGCAUUACGACCUUAGUAUUGUAUGACUUGUAUCCUACGAACUUCGUUUUUAUGGCCUUCUAUUUUGUUUUGAGCAAAUUAUAUGCCGUUUCUUUUAUGUGUACCUUAAACACCCGGCAUAUCGUAAAAGGACGCGGAACAGACAGAGAAAUGGGGACUGAAAACGCUGAGAUCGCAAUCGCAAACGCAAAAGACUCAAUUAACCAUCGGAAUACAUCAGGAAGUUUCCGUAAUGUCAGACGCUGACGAACCACUGAGCACUCAAGCUCAAGAGCCGCCAAUAGCAAUGCCUUCGCAUCCGAGUCAGGGUUACUUAACUACAAACUAAACGGGAUCUGCAAGCUCUUAUCUUAUCUUAUGCGUCGAGUGGAUCCUGCCCGCAUAACCGCGAUGGAGGAGCAUACUUUAGAGUAUAAUGUGUGUAUUUUACGGACAAUUUUGUAGUUGUCCCGUGUAAAAACGCUAUCUAAGACUUGUAGCUAUCUCAGACGUACCAGACGGAAUUCCACAUGCGCACCAUGUCCGGCUUUCAUACAGAUGAGCUUGUCUUGUCUUCUUUGCCAUUGCCAAUGUCGGACCCGGCAGUGGUCAGGUACCG